CGCCAAAUAUGGCAGAAUGGCUGCAACGAAUAUCCUGUCCUGUUACACUUUUCGCCAUCUAGGAACAGUUGUCGGUUGGUUAGGCGAGAGCAACCAGGUCGCUACUAGCCUACCUUGAGUUUGGAUGUUCCCAGAGGACAAGUAAACGGUAACGGUUAACGAUUGUUGCCACCUUGCUCCGCAUGUGACCGAGCGGACAGGGGAGGGGCGGUGUGUCUCGUGGAGAGUACCGUGGGACGCCGAGUUCUAGUACAGGCCGGGGCAGCAGCAGCAGCAGCAAGCGACCGCCACACCAAGAAAAACAGUCGGUAGGCACCUCGACCGGGGGGCAGGCUCGGUUCCCUCAGCUUUGUAAACAGCGUCGUCGGACCAGCGCCAGGAGAAAAAUUUACCCUCUGAUAUGCUGAUGUAGUUGUUGUGAGAGCUUGUGGAGCCAAGGAUAUUGUCAGUACAACAGGAAAGAAGAUGAGCACCAAAAGGAAGGCAGAGAGUCACUCAAGGGCAGAAAACAGACCUUGCAUCAUGAAGUCUGGAGACUCCCGAGCUGAUUCAGAGAGAGACUCUGGAUUCUCAGAUGCAAGCUCAGAGCACAUGAGCUCAAUGGACACUACUGAGGACUCACCCUGUUCUGUUGGGGGUCCACAGACUCCAGGCUCAGGGCCCCAGCCCUCUCAGCUGGCUGUGGUGGGAGGCUCCUACUCAAACCUCUCACCAAUGAUUAUCAUGAACAACGUUCUUCUUAAGCAGCCUGGAGAUAAUCCUCCUGCUCUGAAGCCCUGGGGCUAUAGCCCCACAGUGGAAGUGGUUCAACCAGUGGUCCAGCAGCCUCAGGUGGUUUUCCUCCAGCCUGUCGUCUCUCGUCAAGCUUCCCCUGCCUCCAAAGAAACCUCUUCUAGACAAAGACGUCCGAAGAAGUAUCUUCCAAUCCUGAAAUCCUACCCCAAGAUUGCUCCACAUCCCGGAGACAGUUCUAGUUCCUCAGGGAGAGGAACUGCCUCCUCAUCUUCUUCCACUUCCUCCUCCUCCUCUUACUCCUCUUACUCCUCAUCGUCUACUUCAGGGUCAGAGAGAGGUAGCAGUCUGACCUCCAACCAAAGAGAGAAGCAUAAGAGAAGUCUGUGUGGUGGUAUUGCCAAGUCUGGCUCAACCACUCCUAUUCUGCCUGUUACCCCCAGCACAGUGUCUCCUCUGCUCCAGAGCCGACUUUCUCUCCCCACAACAGAAACCAGCUCCAGCAGUAGUCCUGCCAAGGAGAGGCCUUCAUCAACUGUCAGCCAGUCAGAGCUUACCCCCUCCCUGUCUUUCACUCACACCACUAGCUCCAAAAACCUGCCAAUCUCUGUCUCCCAGGCGGUCACCCUACAGGACAGCUCACCAGAAGAAUUUAACCACAGUGACAGUGAUGCUGAUACAAAGAGGAAGCGCUUCUUCAACACUUACAACAUCCUGAACAAAUCUGGCCUACUAGACAUCACACUUCGCACCAAGGAGCUCCUCAGGCAGAACCGACGCACCCAGACUGACUUAGACCGGCUAAAAGAACACACAGACCUCUUCCUCCAGGCUCUGCAGAGCGGUGACACCAGCAUUUGUGUUAAACUGCAAGCCAGCCUUCAGGAGGAAGACCAGGAAAAAGAGAAGGAGAGAGCUGCUCAGAUCAGCUUAAAAGAAGAUUAGACCUAGACUAGUGCUAGACGGUAAAUCCUGUAGACUGGCAUGGGGGGAAAAGCAGGCCAGGGUUGGGGGGGGGGGGGUUGGAGCAAACAGACAGAUGGACCGAAAGUAAUGUGCUCCACAAUACACACCCCCACCCCCAGACUCUUUCACACAGUGUGCUGUGGCCUACAUUUUGGCUGCCGUCUGCCGUAGGGCCCUGACACACCAAACCGACCUAAAAGAAUUCGAGUUGAUAGACUUUUCAUUGCUUCACGUCUUCUGUUAAAAGUUGCACUGUAACUCAUUGCAAGGCUGUAGCUGGAGGUCAGUUGACCGCCAGCAUGCACAUACAGUAUGUUCUGCACCUGUGUGAGAGGAAAUAUUUUAGUCAGCAGUCUGCAUCUGUGAUUCAGGGAACAUCACGGAAAGGGAAGCAAAACAAACUAUAAUAAUAUUUUUUACCAGUGUGUUAAAAUUGUCCUAUUGUUAUAUGCUUAAAUUAUGAAUUGUGAAUACCAAUGUUUCUCCUUUUUUUAAAAAGUUGCAAUUGUAUUCUUUGCUUUGUCAGCCUGUGGUCCUAAAAACGUGGAGUGGAAAAUCAAGGAGAAACCAUGCUAAAUUAGUAAAAUUACACAUUUGCUGUGUUGAACAACCAGUUAGAGAGCUCUCUCUAAUUGCCUUUUGCCGCCGUUUCAAGUGCCGACGUGUCCCAGAAGUGAAAGACAUUACAAAAACUAUGGGCGGUGGGUGGCUGCACACAUUGCCUGGUAGCUAAGUGUUGGCUUGGUGUGUCAGGCCGUAAAGGUCAAACGAGGACAGAGCCACAGCUCACUGUACUGCUAUCCUGAGCCUGACUAGAUCACUUCCACUGAAACUGCCUCUCUUCUGCACAGAAAUGUUCUGCUCAUUGGCAAUCAAGACCCAAAAGCCCUGAGAGAUUUGGAUCUAAGGCAUGAAGGGAUAAAAAACUUUUUUUUUUUUUUUUUUACUGAAUGCACAAUACAGGCUCAAUAUCUGAAUACUUGAUUGAAGCGCCUAACAGGUAUUUCAUCUAAAACUGACAAAUCAGUCUCAUAACAUUCAACAGUUUUCCAUUAUUGCUAUGUUCUGCUGUGUUGCCUAAUAGGACAUCCAGUAAACGGUCAUGGUCUGUACAUAAUAUAAAUUGUUUCAUGUAGCAGUUAUGUAAUAUCUAUGAAUAUGAAAGGCUUAUGGACAUGUUUUCAUGUCACAUUGAAUGUGUUCAAGGCCUCUUACCAGUCAGCAUCUUUAAAUAGACAAAUAUGUGCCUAAAGUGUCUUUAGUUCCUGCUGCAUUGUGAAACUUGGUGAUAGAUUUGGCACGGUCGGUUUCCAGUUUAGCAUUCCCAUCCUGUUCUAAGUGACAGUGCAAACUGGCUGUGAGCUCUAAACAAGCUACUCAGAGGCUUCCUUGUUUGUUUAAAGGGUGCUUCCUAUAGUUCAACCAGUUAUCAGUGUCUUGGGUGAAAGUUGUUAUUUGUCUUUGUGUGUGUGUGUGUGUGUGUGUGUGUGUGUGUGUGUGUUUUUAUAUGCACAUAGAUAUAAUUUAAAGUGGCGAUAUUGUCUAAUUUAAGUGCACACUUUUUUUUUUACGUUUCUUUCUAUUGUUUUUUUUUUUAAUGGUAUGAAAUGACUCAUUGUGUGAACCUUGUGGAGACCAUUAGACAAGCAUCAAGUCAGUUUUCUUGAUGAAGACCAGUUGUUGUGCAUUAACUUCGGGCCCUGUAAUUGUAUUUGACUAAGAAAGCCCAACAAUUACGUCUAAAUUAGGAACAUUUGUGGAGUUUUGGGAUGCUGCAUUAAUAAUUUUUUGUAAGUUUAUAAAUCAUGGCCUUAAUAUCCAAGUUCAAUGUAUAUCACAGAACUUUACAUUUGCACUAAAAUGUUCUGCGAGUAGCUCUGAAGUCAUUUCUGAGCAGAAUUUAAUGGCAGCUAUGGUUAUUAAAUUGAGGCAGACUGCAAAAGUCUUUGUUUAACUUGAAGUGCAUUAUGAGGCAUCAUAAGCACAUUACAAGUGUAUAAAUAUUAUCUGUAUAGAACAGACAUUUAUAACAUUUACAUGAAUUUUAUGACAUUGUCGGAUUUUUUUUUAUUACCAGUAGUUUUCGCAUUAUUAAACAUGUUUGUGUAUUUUACUAUUAUACUAUUUGAUGUAAUAAAAAUAAUAUACUUGUGCUUAUGUUGACUUAAAAUGGCUCAUUAACAUCUCAACUAAGGGAUUCUUUAUAUUCUACUUUUGCAGUCUUAACCAGUGUGCAACAGAAUGUAAAUACAGUUCAGAUAAAAAAAAAAAAAAGUUCAUUUACACUCAUGAAGGUCAUGUAGUCUGUUUUUAAAAAAAAGUUUGGCACAUUGAGCACAUUGAAUUACGCCUGUCGUAUGAAAUGUGCAAUAUAAAUAAAUCUGACUUGACUUGACUUUGGAAAUCUUUGUCACACAAACAAAAACUCAGAUGUUUGGGUUCGAUAAAUUUGUUGUGGGCAUUCCUAAAACAACAUCUCAUCAGUUUUGUUGUAUCUCUCUCUCAUUUUUUUUUUUUUUAAAUCAUCCUGUUUUGACUCUCAGCUUUUAUUAUAAACAGACCAACAUUUCAACAGUUAUGUCUGUGACAUUUUGAUUCUGAAAAUGACACUAGCAGAUGAUAUGUUAGUCUGUUCCAACAAUAAACGCUGAUAAAAUAAUUAGUUUUCAGUUUUUAGUCACUCCUGACCCAGAGCUGUAGUGUGUUUUAGGUCAUUAUCCUGCUGGAACACCAUGCUGUGUCUAAUAAUCAACCCUCUGGCUGAUAGUUUGAGGUUGCACUGAAGACGUUUGAGGUCAGCUUACAUUCUCCACCCAUUUUCUGCAGUGCACCACUGCUGCUGUCAGCAAAACAGCCCCAGAUGCAUUGUAUCUUUUUGGGGUUGAACGUCUCACUAUCUCCCCUCCAAACAUAGCGCUGGUUGCUGAUAACUGACCCCUUCAAAUGGAUUUUUCUAUGUGUGUGUUUUUGGCCAAUUUCGUUGCAAGUGCAGCAGAUUUUCAUCUAAUGGGGCAUAGUUGUAUUUUCUAAAACAUGACAGACCUGUUGCUUUAGCAUGAAGUGAGUGACAUCCUUGACUUGUAUAAAUCUACUUUCUCAUAUCUUCACUCCUUGUAUCUUUCCAUCAUCAUGAAUGUGGCUCAAGUGAAUGAAUACAGUCAACUUUGUUUACACAGGCCGAUAAAUUCCAGCAGGAAAAUAUGUUGAGGUCAUGUCACGGUGACAUUGUAGACUUUGAUACACAACCAAGUUAAAAAAAAUCUUAGUGUGCAAUGUGGUUAUAAUUUAAUCCAGAUGUUCAGAAGACCCACAAUUCAUUUAUGAGGGAACCAAAACGUGAUUUUUGUGUUUGUGUGAAUAUGGCACAUGUUUUCCAAAAAUGUCAGAAAAAGAAGUUGCAAACAUGAUUUAAAUUGCUACCUGCCAUAAUCUACAUGUCUCUUACAACCUCACUUGUAAAUCUUUUAAAAUUCUCAAAUCAAAAGUUUUAAAAGCCACAGCUCAUUGCAAAAUAAUUGUGAAUGCAUGGAAAAAGACAGACAAGACUUGUGAAUUUCCAUGAGGGUAUAGUAUUUGUGCUUCGUCACUGUAAUAGAUCCAGUUACGUGUUCAAAUGCCACAUAUCCUUAAAGGUAUACGAUGCAGGAUUUGUUGGUUGGUGCUUGUAAGCACCAAAAAGCAUUCAAAGUUGGCCCCUCCUUCCCGGCUCAGAGACAGAGACAGAUGUGACCUGGUCGUUAAAUUACAAGUCCCGACCUCUCACCCUGUGCGCUGUUAUUAGCUGGGGGCUACACACCCACUGCCCUGUGGUUGACACCUAGAAGCGUCCAGAACACAGCAAAAUAAUAAGAAAAUACAGGCAGAGGGAGAUCAAUACACCGCUAUACUUCUAUUGGGUCAUAAGUGAGGAUUGAGAGGGAUUUGUAUGAGUCUAUACAUUGUUUUUUGAAACAAUCCUGCAUAGUCUACCUUUACAGAGGGCCUUGUUGAGACACUCCAGCCAGGACGGCGGCAAGACUGCUGGCAUUUGUUUUUGGUCUUUUGCCUUGGCCAAAAACAAAUGCCAGUGUGUACGUGCCCCUUUUACAGCUGUUGUAUUGUUCAGAUUUGGAACUCUACCCAUGAAAAUAUUUCUUUUAUUUCUUGGACCAAUUAUGUGAUAAUUGAGGACAACAAUUGAACACAUCUCACACAUUUACCUGAAUUUAAAAUUAGAUCACUUUUAACUCUUUUGUCCUCCUUAAUCAGAUGGCGUAUGUUGAUAUUUUUCUUUCUUAAAGAUUCACUGUAAAGUCUGAAAAUCUUAUAAUGGUAUAAUGGCUAAAAUUAGAUCCUGUACUAAUACUGCCAGUGGAAUAAAUGAUGCUACUGAAAUAUCGAAAAAGAUCAAUGAAUUUUUGGCUGAAAAUAGCACAAAAAUAUGCUGGUAGAGUCCAUCUUUUUAAAUAGUUUUUCUUGUCUGCUGUCAUCAGCUUUCAGUACAACACAUUUACUUAUUAGAUCGUUCCCAUCUGCUCACUGGAGUCUAAUGUUUGGCUUUGUUUACAUGGAUCCACCCUACUGUGGUGACUCCUGGAUCCUUGAAACAUGUGUUUGACUAUUUAUUGACCGAACUGUAUCAAACCAUUGUGUCUGAUGCCACUAAUAUAUACUACAUGACGUGUCACGGAUUGUUGUUGCCGUUAUUGUGACAUUUUCUGUUUUUACAUCCAAAACAAGAACUUAAUAAUUGAAUAAAAAAAGAGUAAAGACUGGUGUUUGUACAGUAAGACCAGUGUUAGUCAUUUUCUAACACUGGAUUUUGAGUUUCUCAUCUAAACGUCGGCAGCUUUGACUCCUCAGUGCAUUUGAGUCUGCCUUCUUUCAUUUUAAAGAUGCUGUUAAUGUUUGUGAAUGUUUUUAUCAAGAUGAUUCAGUAGUUGCACCACCAGCAGAAAAUGAACAUUAUAGCCCAAAUAAUUUUGUUUUUAUGCUAAACCAAGAAUUGUGUUGGGAAAAUGCAAUAGAUUCAUUUUGUGGAAUUAUGCAGAAUGAAUGUAGUGUGAGCUCGCCGGCAAUCUUUUUUUUCUUAAACUAUGUAAACUGGUAAAUAAGAUGGAUGUUAUAAUCCUCAUUGCACUAAAACGUCUGAGGACAUUGGAAUUGUUGUAAUUAAUGGAUAACUUCAACUAUUCAAAAUCAAAGAUCAGUAGAGUCAGAUUGAGAAAGGUUUUUGUGUAAAAUGUUUAGGGCUCUUUUUGUACAUGUUAGUCUCAUUGCUUGUUUAAUAAAUGUCAUUCCAAAGAAA